GCACGCGAUGGGUACCUGGAAACUUGAGGUUUUACGGAUGGCAAUUUAUAUGGCAUUUCCUGUUGGUCUUUUUCAUUAUUUCAAUCAACCUGAAAAUUUUGAAGAAUGGGUAACAAAAGUGAAAAGAGAAACUUACCCUCCUGAAAAUAAAGAAAAUACACUUUUGCUUCGAAAGACUAUUGAGGAACAUCAAGCUGCAUAUCAAAAAAAGGUUUUAGAAGCUUUGGAAGCAUCGCAAGCACAGAUAGAUAAAGAUAAACUAAAAAAUUGAAGUUUUAAUAUACAUACGUUUUAGUGAUACGAUAAAGAUAUUUCUUUCAUUUACAGUCAUGUAUUGAUGCUUAUGUAUAUAAUAGUAUAGACCUUAAUAGUAUUUUAAAUAAAAA